UGCAAAUGAUACAAACAGUGUCAGCUGAGUCGUUGUGAAGAGGCCAACGAGCCCGAUUGGACCUUUUACUACAAAAAUAGGCUAAAAACAUAAACGAACAAUCUUAAAACGAUAAUAAAUUGUUCCAAAUAAACAAAAAAAAUGCCGAUAGAUAAAAACUUGAAGUGCUAAUCAAUAAAUUUGAAUAUUAACUUUCAUUAAUAUGUCCUUACUAACAACCGAGAAUACUGCACUCCUGAGCAAUGACAACUCCAAAUCCAACGGUUACUACAACGGACAUUUCACACAGCAACCAAAGCAACAAAAUGGGUAUUCUCACUACAUCGACGUUUUGGAUAAACCUUUAUAUAAAGGUUAUACACCAGUACUUGCGGAACUAGAUUUUUCCGCUGGACUCUCAUUGCAAGAACUAUUACCUUUCGUUGACGAUCCAUGGUGGCAAAAGCUGAGACGCACACUCUUCUGCACAUGUGUGUUGGUAUUUUGGUUGAUUUUGUUCACCGCCUGCACGCUAGCCUAUAUGCAGCAUGACCAACAGUGCAGCACUAUAAUCCAUGUGGUGCCAAUUACAACAACAACUGCAGCUAGGGCACUUCAAAAAAAUUAAAUUAAUCCAUAUCUCUGGGAGCGAAAAAGUUGAUCAACUUGUAUAAGAAUUUGAGAUGAAUUAUUAACUGCUCAGUGGUGUGCCUUUACCUGUGCAAGAAAUAUGUAAAUCGGGAAACUACAUAUACAUCCUAUAGAUAUUUAUGUACAAAAUUAUUUGCAAAUGUGUAUACAUAUGUCUUUCUUAAAAUAAAAUCGGAGCAAUUAGAACUUUAGAAGAGCUAA